UAUCCACGUCCUCAACAUAACAAAUGAAAAUCCGCGAAGGAGACACGACUCGGGAUUUUUUUUGCUUAUUAUAUUUGGUGAUCUAAUCACCUGAUCACCAUGAUUUUAAUUAAAUAUGAAAGUGUAAUUGUAGGGAUUGCAAUAGUUUGUACCUGUCUGUCAAUAGCACACGCAGCUAAGAAGAAAAAGCCAAAGGAACUGGAAAUUAUAUCAGAGUACAAACCGGAGGAAUGUACUGUUGUGGCACAAACUGGAGAUGUUGUCAAAGUGCAUUACACAGGUACCUUUGAGAACGGUGCCAUCUUUGACUCCUCAAGGCAGGACAAUCGAGAGCCGAUUGAUUUUAAGCUGGGCGGCAAGAUGGUGAUCCAGGGCUGGGAGUUGGGCAUUGAAGGCAUGUGUAUAGGGGAGAAGCGUAAACUCAUCAUCCCUCCUCAUCUAGGUUAUGGAAAGAAAGGAAGCGGACCCAUACCACCCGAUUCGACACUCGUCUUCGAAACAGAGCUUGUGGAUUUACAGAAACCUGAAACUUCUCUUGCCAAUCGAAUAAUGAAGCUCGUCCGAUUCAUAGUCCCUCCAUCGAUAGUGAUCCUACUCCUCUAUUACAUGUGGGAGAAGAGCGCCAAAAAUCCAUUAGGGAAAUUAAAAGGGGACAGAAGGGGCAAAAAGAAGAGAUAAUGUACAACAUUUAGUACCCUGCACUUUUAAUAAUACACUCAGUGGACUGUUAUUAUGCAAGUUGGAAAAAAAACACACUUACAAAUAAUUUUAGGGAUGUGCUUCGUGUGAGUUGUCAGUUUCUCUGUUUCAGUCCAUGUUUCAAACUGCAAUUAUAUACCAAAGUAAUUGGAAAAAUCUUUUGUGUUGCUUUGAUGAAGCUUAUUCGUGUAUCCGUCUGCUGUGUGUAAUGUGUUUUACUUCUUACACGAAUGUCACAAAAACUUGAACUCCAAACAAAUAGUUAACAUUUAUAGAAGUAUGUUGGAGUGAAAUUGCUAUAAAAAGAUAUCAUAUUGACUUCAAUAAGUAUGACUUUAAAGAUAUAUUUCCAAUGAGAUAACGCAGCUGCAAAUAUAGUUUAUAAAUGUUUGUCCUGCGAUUAAAAUAUAUAGUAAGAAUAUGAGAAGCUACCUAUGGAAUCACAAAGGAUGUACAUGGGGUGCUACAACCCUUAUGCCUGGGACAUCCUAAAAUAGCAAUUGUGUUAUUUUAUGGCAUUAGCUUUAGACAUAUGAAAUAUUUUUUUAGGAAUUUUUUGUGGAAGCCAACCUACCUACCUAAGGGGAGCAUAUUCAGCCCCUUGAUACAACACAUAAAGCAGCCUGGUAUUUACCUUGUUGUUAUUGUUUUUGUUUCAUUAGAAGUACUGAUAUUUGUAAUAUCCAUUUUGAAAUUGGAUGUUGGAGCAAAGGUAUUUUGUAGAUGCUUUCUUGCCAGUGUGCCUGAGCAGUGAGGCUGUGCAUUAAUAUGAAAAUAUCAGUUGUUGCUAAGUCAAGCAAUCUGUAAAGGCUUUUAGAGAAUGAAGAGUAUGCUUUGGCCUCAAGAUAGAAAAAUAAUAUACAUUUAUGAGAGAAAAUUUCUGAGUUAAAAUUAUAAUUAGAGUUUGAUCAAGUAAAUGAAGUUAUUUUACACUCGCAAUAUUUCUGGUAGAGAAUGAAGUAAUAUAUUUCCUCUAGUUCUGCCCCCCCCCCUCUCUUUCUCUCUCUUCAUUUUUUUGUCUUUUUCUUAUCUUUCACAUUCCAGUAUGCUUUUAGACCCCCCCCCCUCUCUUCAUCACGUCACUGUUUCAUAUUUGUUUUACUACAUGUUUUUCUUUCCAUUCAUCUACAUGUGCAUAGCCAAUUCAGUGCAUAUUAUGCAGUAUCAAGAUGAUUAAUUUCAUCCAAUUUUUUUUAAAUCAUGGCUUAAACUGUAUUCACACCAAAUUGUAUAUAUCUAUUAACAUUCCAACAUCAUGUACAUUCUGUCAUGCAUUUACGAUACAAGGGUUGCACAUGUUAAAUCUAUAGAUUGUCUUUAGGUAUUAUAGUCAUAUACACCCGAGUUUGAGAUAUGAAAUUUAAAUGGUGUUCAUGAUUUAAUAUGCAGGAAGAUGGUGCCAAAAUAUUUUGUGUAAUUUUUUUUCUUCUUUCUUUUCUUCAUUAUUAUAAAUUGUAUAGCUUUCCUUGCCUUUACUUUAUCUUAAUGUUUUUCUUCAAAAACCUUUAAAUGUACAGUCAAUGUUGCUGUUAUAGUGGUCAACUCUAUAUUCUUGUAACAGCAGAAGUAUGCAAAUUGUCCAGUGAUAUUUACAUAAAUUUGCGAUCUCACUUGUAUGUAAAAAUAAUCAUAUCAUGCAAGAAAUUUAAAGUAUGUGUUGAUGAAGGAUCGGUAUGCCUAUAGACUUGGACAUGUUCACAAAUAAAUACAUUCCGAUAACAGAUACAGGUCUGACUGUAUGUGAGGGACUUUUUAUUUUCUCUAUCUUUUACUUUUUUUCUGUUUGUUUAUUUUGCUUGUAUUUUGGCUAAUGAAUAUCCAUUGAUAUGGAAGUGCAAAGAGCUAGUUUGAACAAAGUCAAUGUCGGUGCUUGUCUAUUCUAUAAAAUACUAUGUGAAAAAUCAUGACUGUAAUAAAUCACUUUUUAAUGAAUCAAUA